CGUGAGAGGCGAUUGUUGCAGGAAGACGCUGGUGAGUCAGAGCCGGAGAGAGGGGUGUGUUGUGUUGAAGUAACGUUAGUGGAUUUGUUUUAUCCAGAAGUAAAAAAGAAGAACAAUGGUACGUGGCUGCGCAUUUCCUAACUGUGCCAACAAAAUGUCACGCAACACUAAGCACAGCUUUCACAGACUACCUCUGUCCGACAUGGAAACGCUGAAGUUGUGGUUAGGUGUGCUACAAAUGGAUGCUAACACUCCUGUCCAGACGCUGCGGCUUGAAGACCAUCGGGUCUGCAGUGACCACUUUGACCGGGAUGACUACUGCCAGCCGAAGAAGAGAAGAAGUGCUAUACCUAAGCACUUUUUCCUAAAGAAAAAUGCUGUUCCAAGACCGAAGGGACCUGCUGCAGACGGACCGCAGGACCGGACUGGCACCGCCUCAACCACAGCUUUCACUGUCCCGCAUACAGCCACUGAAGACAUACCCCAAAUUCAACAUGAAGAUGCAGCGGAACAUGCAGACAGCAGUGACGUCAGCAUGAGCUUCGGGGAGAUGUCUCAGGACCCGUUAGACGUCAGUUUUUCAUCACAAGGCACCAUCACGUCUUCCAGCCCGGAGUCUGGUUCUGUCUUAGGAAGCUCCAACGGAGAAACUCCAGGAGGAUGGGCUGAAAGGAAGUGGCUGGUGAAAGAUUCAAAGCUCAUGGAACUUUUUAAAAGAUGCCCCACGUGUGGCUGUUACGUUGAUGCGAAAACAGUUGCUAUACAUUCCAGCCAAGUUCAACCUGCCUCGUACCUGUCCUUCAGCAUGCAUACAGAGAUCAGCAUGACAAAAUCAUACAGCACCUCCUUCAGGAAACAGCACCUGGAAAGGCAGCAGAACACUGUGGUGAUGCCAGAUGUGAUAGCCCUGAAGCGCCCAGCAGUAGUGAUGGAGGUCACGGAGGUUCCAGAGGGGCUGAACCACCUGCUGUACAUUGGAGUGGAUCCGUGUUUGCCUCGGUGGAAGUCUCCUCUGCAUCAUAUCUGCGGCGUACAUCGAUGGGAGGAGAAUGGGAUUGAGUACACCUGUCAUCACCCAGUCUUGACAGAGGAGCAGCGGGGAAGAAAGACAUGGCUCAAGGCAGAUUCACCUGCUUUCCAGGCUCUCAAAGCAGAUGCGAUGGACAAGAUUCUCCUUCGAGCCUUGAAGCAGAUGACACGCUUCACACACACUAUGUGUACACAGUCAGAUUUGUUUCAUUCAAGUUUUCCUGUGUUGUUCAGCAGUUACUGAGCGAAACUCAGACGUACUGUCGGCACUACAGUAAUAGUGCUAACACUGCUGCUACUGUUAAACCUAGCUCACACAUUAUCUAUUUGUAGGUGUAGAAAUAUUUCCACCAACUAUGAGGUAAUUUGUCAUCUGCAGAUGUAGCACAAACUGAGGUUUUCAAACUUGCAUCAACACAGGAUUCCUGGAGGUGUACCAUUCUUCCAGGAUGAAGUAUGCUCAGAAGAGUCUGUACCUCAGAUAUGACUCAACCAGGGCCCGUACCCAGAUGGCGAUCAUGGAUCAUAACGUUGGCAGACGGUUGGCCCUCUCUCUCCGUUCCUGUUUUGUCUUCAAUUUUGAAAUCAGACAAAUUCAGCCAUGAUUUAGAAAAUAGACUUGCUAGCAGUUCAGUCUGAGCCUCUCGGUUGUUAAAAGAAGCAAUUUUUGUGGAUGUAAUUUUGAAGAGCACAAUUUCCCAAGAGGAAUAUGUUGCAGCUGGUUCACGGCCGCCGGGUGAAGCUAACAACUGCAUGGAUUUGAAUCUUUUUAUAUCUGCCAUUUCGACACCAGAAUACAUGAAAAUAGCGUCCAGCUUUGAAAAUACUGAAAUUAUCCUUGAACCGAAGCCUACAUACAUUAUAGUACUGUGUAUUAUAAACAACUUAUUUUGUCUUUUAGUUUGGAGGGCUUGUUGGACUUCUUUUUGCAAUUCUACCUUAAAGCUAAUUCUCUAUAAUAUCAUUAAUAAAUAUAAAUAAAUACAUAAUACAGAAAAACACAUGAAAGGAACCCCUUUUUGAACACUGACAGCACUAUGGAGCCAUGUUUUUAUUAGUGGAGUUGCUGGUCUAGGCAUAGUGCAUGCUGGAGCCAAUCCCAGCUGACAACGGGCGCAAGGCAGGGUGCAUUCUGGACAGGUCGCCAGUCCAUUGCAGGGCCAGUAACCAAAACCACAAACAGAAAACAUGGACCAACUGCUAAAGUUGAAACUAAACAGGACAAAGGCCAAACAGGGAGUUCAAACAGGACAGCAACAGGGAGUUCAACGCAAGGCGUUAAACACAAACAACACAAACAGGGACUGAGCUAAUGACACAGAGUGGCUAAGGACAACAAGUUAACAGGACAACACUGACAAACUCAACCACAGACUAAGAUAACUGAACAAAAAAACACAUGGCGAUAAUAACCAAACGGAUGACAAAUCAGGCAGAGCUCACAAUGACAACAGACUGGACACAGGACAACAGACCGGACUGAACCCUAAAACACAACAUAUAAAACAACAGAUCAAACGUAACAAAAACUCACAGAGGGCCAAACUAAAACAUGGCCGACAGGCAGAAUGUGACACAAAUCUCCUCUGUUUCUACAUACACACUGGGUAGUACCAAAGUCUUUAUGGGCAAGUCAUGCCACUCUGCAGCCAUCAUGAAAAAUACCUCCGGGAAGCUAUUUUGGACAAGACCGGGCUCCUAUCUGAGUGGCCUGGCGUCAAAAGUAGCUGAAAUCUACCUGUUUCACUAAUAUCAAUCAUCGCUUUACACACAUGAAUUGUCCCCUCCAUUUUUUUCAGGUAGUCGCACAGAUUCUCUUUUUGCACUCCAGAGAUUCUUGCUGUUUCUCGCCAAAUGCCAUACAGUGAUUGGAUGACACAAGUAGACUCUUGAAUCACUGUAUUGCAUUGUUUGAAGUUCAUUGGAUGUAAACUAAAUUCCAUAAAAAUAUAGUCCAUUUUCCUCUUUUACACAUGUGCAGGAGAACACAGAAAUGUGUACAAGCAUGCAGGUGAUGAAAUGCACCAAAACUUCUCUGAACCUGCACAGGAUCUGUGAGAGGGGUAAAACAGAAAUAAAAUAACAGACUUUUUGUUUAUGACCAAAUGGAAAAUUCAUUAUUUUCUAUACCAAUUAAUUUAAUAGGUUAGGUUUUUUUUUGUAUUCGAAGGAAAUAAAAAGGCCAUUGGUUUAAAUAAAAAAAAGUUAAGUUAUGAAUAACAUUAAGAAACUAUUAUUGCCAGAAGAAAUGUUUUCGUUUUCAGUUGAGUUUUAUUUAUAUAUUGCCAAUUCAUAACAGAAUUUAUCUCAUUGCAGUUUUCAUAUAUAGCUGGACCACAUUCUUUGUGGUAUUCUUUAUAGAGAUCCUACAAUUAGAUAAACUCCCUUUUAACAGGUAGAAAGCUCAAACAGAACCUAGAAAAUGAAUAACAGUAGUAAUAAUGACAGUAAUAGUACACUCACCUAAAGGAUUAUUAGGAACACCAUACUAAUACUGUGUUUGACCCCCUUUCGCCUUCAGAACUGCCUUAAUUCUACGUGGCAUUG